ACUCAGUACCUUUUCAGAAAAGUUAUUUCUCCAACUUCUUCCUCAGACCGAGCAGUUGACAGGAGACAUGGAGAGGCGCAUUCCGUUCACCUUCCUCCGCACCCCCAGCUGGGACCCCUUCCGCGACUGGUACCAGGGCAGCCGUCUGUUCGACCAGUCCUUCGGCAUGCCCUCCCUGCCCGAGGAGUUCAACCCCUUCCCCAGCACCCACUGGCCCGGCUACAUCCGCCAGGGCCUGCCCGCCACCCCUGGAGAAAUGCCCUCCCAGAUGAUGCCCUCCCCGAUGAUGCCCCAGGUGCCCAUGAUGCCCCCAGUGUCACCCGUCUAUGCCCGCGCCCUCUCCCGACAGCUGAGCACCGGCAUGUCCGAGAUCAAACAGACAGCGGACAGCUGGAAGGUCAGCCUGGACGUCAACCACUUUUCCCCCGAGGAGAUUGUGGUGAAGACCAAAGACGGCGUGGUUGAGAUCACAGGAAAGCACGAGGAGAGGAGAGACGAGCACGGCUACAUUUCCAGAUGCUUCACAAGGAAAUACACACUGCCCCCUGGUGCUGACCUCGAGAAGAUCACAUCCUGCCUGUCGCCCGAGGGCGUGCUAACCGUGGAGGCCCCCCUGCCCAAACCAGCCAUCCAGGGCUCCGAGAUCACCAUCCCCGUCAACGUGGAGAAAGGCAGCAUGGUCAAGAAAGAAUAGAACCAACCCAUACAUAUAACCACUGUGCAUCCCCUCACUCCUUCCACACACACACAUACACACACACACACACACACACACACACACACACAUGCAAAUAUAUAAUGCAGAUGACACGCAUACCUGACUUGCACACACAGAGCCAUAAUCACACAAGCAGAAGGGAUGGUGUACAGCACUGGUGUGUGGUGCAGAGACAGAUAUAUGUUUACAGUAUUGAUUGUGGGGAGGAGCAGAGACCUGAACUCCACUUCCUCUGACUGGAUGUCCCACCAGUGCACUCUGCAGAGCCUUUAUGGGUGGAGAGGAGGGUGGUGACGGAGGCUCUGUGUAUGUGUGUGUGUGUGUGUGUGUGUGUGUGUGUGUGUGUGUGUGUGUGUGUGUGUGUGUCUGUGUGUGUGUCAGAUCCCUCGUCUCUGCCCGUCUCUUGUCUAAUGAUCCAACCCCGGCUGGGAUCCCAGAGUACACACACACAUCUGCUCCCAGCGCCAUAUGCUGCCUCUGCAAUAAUUACACACUUCAUUUGAAUGAAGACAAACACACACACACACACACACACACACACACACACACACACCAACACAAGCACACAAGCACACACACACACACACACACUCAAACACACACACCAACACAAGCACACAAGCACACACACACACACACACACACACACGCACGCACACACCUUGAUCCAUCAUUUGCUUGUCAGGCACUGUGAGCUAUUAAAUAUGCACUUGCAGGCGUUUAAACAGCUGUGGCCUUCUGAGCACUUCCCCAACGCUGUCCUCACACUGCCCAUCAACGCUGAUCUCACACUGCCCAGCAGCGCUGUCCUCACACUGCCCAGCACCGUGCUUCAGCUUACUGAAGAUGCUCAGAAAUAGCCACAGACUGCUCAACACCACUCCAACAGCCUCGACAACCCUGGCCUCUCCAACAAGACUGGUUCUUCCUAAAAACUUAUCUUACAGAGACAUCAUUUUAUUGUAUUAUUUCUUCUCUGAGCAGAAAUGUUACUUUUUCAUCUAAUGUUGCAUUUGGAGGAGAAAAAAGCUUGUUGCAUGCAAAUGGAGAAUAAACUUUUCCACAAAACA